AUGCCCAUUCAAAUCCGCCAGGUUCGACCAUCGGACCUUCCGGCUCGCGAACGUAUAUUCAGUGGCGCUUUCUCUUCUGGCUUACGACCUCACAUCUUUCCCAAUGGCCUCUCGGACGAAGAUCUUAUUCACAACUUCAGCGAAACUCUCAAUGGUCUGAAGACCAAGAUGAGCACCUCGGAUUCUCAAGCUGGCCAACGCACCUUCGUGGCUUAUGACACGGACACCCCUGCUGACCCUUCUGACCUCGUGUUUCCUGAGGCUUGGGAACACAAAGCAGAGGUUGAACUGAGUGAGGAGGAGAAGAAGGAUGCAAAGAAGGUGGUCGGUAUCGCGAUUUGGCAGCUGCAGCCCUCUGCACGUACACAAGAGCAGAUUGAUCAAGAAGCGGCAGAGGAAGGUCCUAGUACCCAUGCUCCAGGUGCCAAUGGCGCUUUGCUCGAUGCCAUGGGCGCAGCCAUGACGACCAGUAAGAAGAAAUGGAUCGGCCUGGAGCCGUAUCUGUAUCUCAAAGUGCUCGCCAUAGACCCUGCCUACCAGCGCAGGNNGGGUGUCGGGUCUUUGCUCUUGGAUGAAGGUUUGGCGAUUGCAGAUCGCUGUGGAAUACAGGCUUACCUGGAAGCUACCAAAGUGGGCAGGCCGUUAUACGCUAGGUAUGGAUUCGAGGAUAGGGAGUUUAUGGAUUUCGAUGUUGUAAAGUACGCGCCGACAGCGAAGGAUGAUCCGCCGCAUGAGUUCAUGGCUAUGGUUCGACCUGCUGCAGCGAAGAAGACUGAUGGAAAGGCUUAA